ACGGACCGGAGAGGAGCCUCGAUGCUGAUGAUCUCCUAGCAGUCUGCAGCACUUUUCUCUGACUGCUGCCAGUCACAAUCAACAGUCAGGAUGGCUCGGGACAUGUCAGAUAAAGACAUCCUGAAGAUGGAGCUGGAUCAGCUGAAGCUGGAAGUGAACACUCCUCGAACUGCGGUCUCAACAACAGCCCCAGAGAUCAUUGCGUUUGUUGAGGAGAAGUCUGCCGAAGACCCGCUGGUCAAAGGAGUCCCAGAAGACAAGAACCCGUUCAAGGAGAAGGGUGGAUGCAUUAUAACGUAGCAGCAGGGCUAAUUUUGUAUAAAACAUCGAUAUUUGUACUAGAAACGUUUUUUUUUUUUAGCAGCCACUUUAGUUUUGGAUACUACACGGAAGACGCUCUCAUGUCAUUCAAUGCCUCUUGUGAUAUGAUGCUACCUGUCUCUUUUUAAA